AUGGAAGAGGAACAAACAGAGGGUAAUUCCUGUUUUUACUCCAGUCACUUAAGGUCUCACACCUCUUCCGGAAGCGGUGGCGUCUCUAAUGGCACUACAACGUCAGAGGGAAGUGGAGGAGCAAAGGGUUACCGGCCUGAAGAGGCUGUUCGCACGUUUAGCUCAAAACUGACUGCUUACGAAAUAUCGGAAAUUUAUGAUUACCCGCGUGUUUACUUUGUUGGUUCUCAAGCUAAGAAAAGAGGUGGAAAUAUCGGAGGGCCAAACAAUUCAGGAUACGAUGACGAAAUGGGGAGUUAUAUGCUUGUUGCACACGACCAUAUUGCUUAUCGCUACGAAGUUUUAAAAGUAAUUGGGAAAGGAAGCUUCGGACAGGUAAUCAAAGCAUAUGACCAUAAGUAUCAACAAUAUGUCGCGUUAAAGUUGGUAAGGAAUGAAAAACGUUUUCAUCGUCAAGCAGAGGAAGAAAUAAGAAUACUGGACCAUCUUCGUCACCAAGAUCCAGACAAUACUUACAAUAUAAUACACAUGCUUGACUUCUUCAAUUUCCGUAACCACAAGUGUAUCACAUUCGAAUUGAUGAAUAUAAAUUUGUAUGAACUCAUUAAAAAAAAUAAAUUUCAAGGAUUUAGUCUUCAGCUUGUGAGAAAGUUCGCACACUCGAUUUUGCAGUGUCUUGAGUUAUUAAAUCGGAAUCGUUUAAUACAUUGUGACUUAAAACCGGAAAACGUUUUGUUAAAACAGCAGGGUCGUAGUGGUAUAAAGGUAAUCGAUUUCGGCUCUUCUUGUUUUGAUGACCAGAGAAUUUACACGUAUAUUCAGUCUAGAUUUUACAGAGCUCCCGAAGUAAUAAUGGGCGGAAAGUACGGCAUGCCAAUUGACAUGUGGUCUUUGGGUUGUAUCCUGGCUGAGUUGCUCACUGGUUAUCCCCUGCUUCCAGGAGAAGAUGAAAGUGACCAGUUGGCUUUGAUUAUGGAGCUCCUAGGACUUCCCCCUUCAAAAGUUACUGAUAAUGCAAAACGUACUCGAAAUUUUAUUUCGUCAAAAGGCUUACCUCGCUAUUGUACAGCUACUGUUUUACCGGACGGUUCUUAUGCUCUUGAGGGGGGCAGAUCAAAAAGAGGCAAAGUAAGAGGAUUACCAGGUAGUCGUACCUGGACGUCUGCUUUGAAAAGCUUGGGCGAUGAAUUAUUCAUUGAUUUUUUGAAACGCUGCCUAGAAUGGGAUCCUGAUUCGAGAAUGACGCCUCAGCAGGCUUUGAAACAUCCCUGGUUGAAGAGACGGUUACCGAGACCACCAGAUGGAUGUUCCAGUAGUAUUAGUACGUCAUCUAACGGUAUGUUGAACACCUCUGAAAUCACCUUUUUAUUACAUUCCUGUCUAGCAGCUAAGUAG